UGUUUUAUUCUUUUCUUUAGUCGCAAACGGUAGAGACUAAACACAAAUUUUAUUUGCCAUUUAUGUUACAUUUCGCCAUGAAUCAAAUUAUUGCGGUGGUGUUUGUGGGCCUCGGCUGCCUUUUUAGCGUGCUGCCUGUGCCUGCCAUUCCACUGCCCGACAAGCAUAGCUCCAUCACAGCUCCAGGGAUGGGCCUGUUUCCGGCUGCGUAUCAGAGCAAACUCCGCACAGGGGCAAAGCCAGAAGCAGCAGCAGCGCUCGCUGGUCGUCCGCUGACCAAGGCUGGCCUCAACUUCCUGGCCAAGCCCAAAGCUAAGCCAAAAGCUGAUGAAGUCACAGCAGCAGAAGCGGCGCCAAAAAUAUCCGCCAGAGCAGGCGGUGGGCAGGUGCGUGGCAAGAGUCUGGAGAGAACGAUAUCCGUGCCCCGAAUGCAGAGCGAUCAUAUGGGCAAUUGGGUGUUCAAUCCGUGGGGCGUCACCUUCGGCGUGCUGUGGCAGGACACGCGAAUGCAUUACCAAGUGCAGAACAGCAUGACAGAGAUUCUGGAGGAUACGCCACACGGCGGCCACUACAAUCUCAAUUACAACUUUAAGCAGACGAAAGUGUGCAGGGGCAAGUCGACGAUUUACAACAGGCCGCGGGUGUACCAGUGGCUGCAGCGGCGCAUCGUGCAGGAGACUACGCCCAACUUCGAUGUGUUCAGCAAGUACAGGCCCAUCUGGUUGGAUCUGCGCCGCGAGCUCUACACGAUGGGCAGAUCGGAGUCCUGCCACAUAUCGGCAAUGGACGACUGGCUGCUGUACAACAACUGCGCCAUAUUGCGGAAUAUGCGAAUGGAGUACAUCAUACCCAAGUAUCCGUUGCAUCAGAUCGCCUAUUGGCAUACUCACUAUAGGAAAGAGCUGACUUAUAGAUUGUGAAUCCUAGCGGCAGAUUUCAAACUGAAUAUCAAAAUCAUUAAAAAGUCAAUCAAUGCUACAUGUGUGUGUGCGGUAA